AUGCAGCCGAGGCGCGAGAUCCGGACGCGGCCGGAGCAUCGGGAAGGCGACGAUGCGUCGACGGCGGCGUUCGCGGCGGAGACGCCGCUGGGGAGCGCGCGGUGGAGCCCGGAGGCGGAGAUCGGGAUGCGGGUGGAGGACAUCUGGGACAGCCUCGACCAGCCGCAGCUCAGCCGGGGCGACAAGCUCAACAGCUGCUUCGACGCCAUCCCGGUCUCCUCCUUCCCCAACACCUUCGGGGCGCAGCUCGUCGACAUCCCCUCCGACGCCACCCUCGCCGAGGCCGUCGACAUCCUCUCCCGGAACCGCAUCAACGGCGCGCCCGUACGCAACAUGGACGCGCCCGACGACGCCAGCUGGAUCGACCGCUACAUCGGCAUCGUCGAGUUCGCAGGCAUCGCCGUCUGGCUGCUGCACCAGUCCGAGGCCUCCGCCGCCGCGCUCGGCGCCGACGAGCUCGCCGCCAAGCUCGGCACCGUCACCCUCGAUGGCCCUGGCGGCGGCCCCGGCAGCGCGAAGGAACACAAGACAGCCCCUUCAUCCGAAGCGGAGGGGGCGGUGGCUGAGGCGUUCGGCUCGCUGCCGUCGUCGGAGCUGUUCAGGAAGACCAAGGUCAAGGACAUCUCCGGCUCGUUCCGGUGGGCGCCGUUCCUGGCGCUGCAGAGCUCCGACACGUUCCUCACCAUGCUGCUGCUGCUGUCCAAGUACCGGAUGAAGAGCCUCCCCGUCGUGGACAUCGGCGAGGGCACCAUCAGCAACAUCAUCACCCAGGCCGCCGUCGUGCACAUGCUCUCCGAGUGCGUCGGACUCAGCUGGUUCGAGGACUGGGGCACCAAGACGCUCUCCGAGCUCGGACUCCCCAUCAUGAAGACAAGCAGGCUCGUCAAGGUUCGCGAGGACGAGUCGGCCCUCAAGGCGUUCCGGCACAUGAGGAAGCGAGGCGUCGGCGGCGUCCCGGUGGUUGACGGCGUCGACAAGCCCGUCGGCAGCAUCAUGAUCAAGGACGUCAAGCAUCUCCUCACGGCGUCAGAGUCCGACAGAGACUACAGGACACUGACGGCCAAGGAGUUCAUCGCGAACGCGAGGCAGAGCUCAGGGGAGAAGCAGAUGAGCAUCAUCACAUGCACGAAGGAGGACACGGUGAAGGACAUCAUCCUGAGGCUGGAUGCGGAGAAGAGGCAGAGGGUCUACGUCGUCAACGAGGAAGGCAACCUGGAUGGGCUCAUCACGCUCAGGGACAUCAUCGCCAAGCUCGUCUACGAGCCACCAGGGUACUUCGGGGAUUUCUUCAACGGCGUCAUUCCCAUGCCGCAGAACAGCAGGGUCUGA